AAAACGAAAUUCAAGAUCACCACAGCACCAAAAAAUGAAUGUCAUCGGCGACUUGCCAUCACUCAAGAGUUCACCGGCAAAGUGUGAAUGAGCAGUGCCUCCACAGAAUCCAUGCUUUCACCUCAUCUUUUUUUGUUAUGACCAAGUAAAAGCUCAUCACUUCAAUUUCUGCACGCUCACUGUGCUUGCGGUUCGUGUUUCAAACAUCAUGCUUCUACAUUUCAAAUCAUUUCUGUUGUCAUCGUCACGAAGAGGAAUCACAAGGAAAGUUUGUUCUGUACGAACCAUGUGUUCGUACCGAGAGGAUCUAGAAAUGAAAGAUUUACUUGACUACAUUGAUUCGUUGAAAAAUUACGAGAAAUCAGGGGUUCCCACAGGGGCAGGCACUGAUUCUCACGACGGGUUUGAUCUUGGUAGAAUGAGACGCCUAAUGGAUCGAUUUGGGAAUCCUCAUUCCAAAUUUAAGGCUGUUCAUAUUGCUGGGACAAAGGGAAAAGGAUCAACAGCUGCUUUUAUAUCUAAUAUUCUGAGGACUGAAGGUUAUUCUGUUGGUUGUUAUACUAGUCCACAUAUCCAGACUAUCAGGGAACGCAUUCUGCUAGGAAGAUCAGGUGAUCCUGUUUCGGCGAAAUUGCUGAACAGUCUCUUUCAUAGGAUCAAGCAGGAUCUUGACCAAGCAGUGAAAGCAGAAAAUGGUUGCAUAAGCCAUUUUGAGGUUUUCACCGCCAUGGCAUUCAUCUUGUUUGCUGAUGAGAAAGUUGACAUUGCGGUUAUUGAGGCUGGGUUAGGAGGUGCACGGGAUGCAACAAAUAUUAUAUCAAGCUCUGGACUUGCUGCAGCAGUCAUAACCACUGUAGGUGAGGAGCAUUUGGCAGCUCUUGGGGGUUCGUUGGAAACUAUUGCAACGGCAAAGGCUGGAAUCAUAAAACAAGGUUGCCCAUUGGUGUUGGGUGGACCGUUUCUACCUCAUAUUGAGCACAUUAUUCGAGACAAAGCAGUUAACAUGGACUCCCCUGUGGUGUCGGCAUAUGACUCUGGCAAUAACUUAGCUGUGAAAAGUUUCAGCAUACUAAAUGGCAAGCCUUGCCAAACAUGUGAUAUAGAAAUACAAACUGUCAAGGACUUGAGACUGUCCUGUAAGUUACAUGAUUUGAAGCUGCAAAUGCCUGGUGCUCACCAACUUCAAAAUGCAGCAACUGCAACUUGUGUGGCACUCUGUCUUCGUAAUCUAGGAUGGAGAAUUUCUGAUGAUUCUAUUAGGCGUGGUUUAGAGCGUACAUACCUCCUUGGAAGGAGUCAACUUCUAACAUCUGACGAAGCCAAGGUCUUAGGGCUUACUGGAGCAACAAUACUGCUUGAUGGAGCCCACACCAAAGAAUCUGCCAAAGCACUGAUGAAUACAAUAAGGAUGGCAUUUCCCAAGGCUCGAUUAGCUUUUGUUGUUGCAAUGGCGUGUGACAAAGACCAUGCAGGUUUUGCUAGAGAGAUCCUCUCAGGUUCAUAUGUUGAGACUGUUAUUUUGACCGAAGCUGCUAUUGCUGGAGCUGUAACUCGAACAACACCAGCUUCUUUGUUGAGAGAUUCUUGGAUUAAAGCUUCUGAAGAACUUGGCAUUAACAUUUGUCAUGAGGGAAUGACAGAAUACAGAGAAUUAUUUAAGGAACAGCCGGCAAGCUCUGAAAGCAAUUUGAACGAUGGUAAGACCAUAUUGGCAACUGAGUCUUCUUUAAAGGGUUGCUUGAGAAUUGCAAAUGAGAUUCUAAACAGAAGAAGGGACGAAAAAGGUGUUAUCGUUAUCACUGGAUCACUGCAUAUUGUAUCCUCAGUCUUAGCUUCUCUUGGUGAUUAAUGAUUUUUUUCAUAAAGAAGCUAAUUCCUUGCAAUAGAAAACCAAACCAAACCAAAUUUUGUAGUAAUUUUCAAGAGCUACUUGUGUGACACCUCCUUGCUCUUCCCCUCUGGCAACUUCCCUUACCCCUUCAGUCCACCACCCUACACCUUUCUCCAUAGAGCCCACCACCCUAUACACCAUCGUCGUUGCUUCUGGACCAUGUGUUAUUAAAAUAUUUUCUUUCAGUUUUAUAGUUUCUGCAAAUUAACAGUCAAACGUUUAAUUAUUUGAUUUAUAUUUUAAAAUUAGUUUUUGGAGAUGUAAUUUUUAUUUAAUUUGAUGUUCGUACCAGAAACAGAGAAACUGGUUUCCUAGUGUUAAGUAAACAACAGAUUUUAGAAACUAAUCUGCAAACCUGCAUAUUUGUGCAAGAGUUUACUGAUGAUACACUAUCAGUAAUAGAAGGUCUCUAUUUCUGUCACACAAAAAAUAGGUCUCUCUUUCUGACAUACCGUCAAUUUUAAAACGCAGUUAUCAGAUUAGAGUGGAGUGAUGAGACAAACAAUCGAUUAUUUUAUUUGAUCCCGGUGUAAUUAGUUUACACUAACAACACAUUCUUUAGAUCAUUUGUACAAGUCCAAAACUAAUAUGUAGAUGUACAUAUUCUAUAGAAGUAUUUGUGACAGUGAAAAAGGAAAGAAGGAUAUUAUUAUCUAUGAAACAAAGGGACUGUAUGUUAUUUUGAAACAUUAAAUUAUAUGGUUAAAUGUGGGGAUAAUACAAAAGCAGAAAACAUCAAUUAUGAAGAAAGCAUGUAGUCACUAUCAUGAAAAACAAAUCCAAUUCAAAUUUUGGCUUUGUAUGAAGUACAUGCAACGAAAAAUACCAUCAAUAUUCAAUAGCAUUCAACGUUAAUGUUGUGCUAAAA